AUGAUCGCGGCCCUCUGCCCGGGCCUCGUCUCCUACGAGUUCGUCUCCGGCGACAAGAACACCGAAGCUAUCUAUUCUGUCACAGACAAGAAGCCCAUUGGCCAGACGACCUACAAGCUCACCCUCACCAACGUCAACGAUGGCAUCGACUCGCUUGUCAACGCAAAGCCGCCCGUUGGAACCCUCACCAUUGCUGCGAAGUGGCGCGUCUCCCGAGGCCAGCUUGUUGAGGAGGUGGAGAUUGAUGGAAACUUUAUGGUGAAGAAAAUGGCGAAGGGAAAUGUCGAGAAGACACAUCCGGAGCAGCAUACGAGAUUGCUGGAGCUGGCGAAGGCGUGA